UCGGUAUACACUUUAUUUUGAGAGUCUAUAUCGCCAGGUUUCUCAGAAACCGCAUCUUACUACUCGAGAACUUUUGGCUUAUAGAAACUUCACCCCUACUAUAUCACAUCUAUCUCUGUCUCAGUAUAUAUUUGGAUGAUAGGGCGAGCAGUGCGAGUUGCUUCCCCGUGCAGUGAAAUUGCUCGUGUCAAUCUGUGCAUACAUUAACUUAGAAUAUUCUCCACCCCCGACUGCCAACAAGAGACGAAAACCAAACCGAAAGUCAUCAUGAGUGGUUUUGGAAGGCGAAGUAAUGAGGGCCAUGGUAGCUACAUCGUCAACCAGCAAGUUGCCUUACCUGUUCCAUAUAGCCAAGGGGAAGGCCAUGAGUUCAGCGUAAAUGACUCUGGCUCAUAUCAUUUUCCAUCUCAGUCUUUCAACACAUAUACCUCCCAGUUCAGCUCUCCAUAUAGCCAUUCAGGCAUAUCAUCUCAUAACCAGCAUUUGUCUUCUCACCACUUACCUGUGCACUCUGUGCCAUCAACCCCUGAACAUACGGCCCUACAACAACACCACCCUCAUCAGUCGGUACAGUACAUGGCACCGUCACGCUAUUUCCAAUCCCAAAGGUAUCUGCCUUUCCGCGAGGCACUUGGGGAGACAGAUAUCGAAAGUCAAGACUCCCGAAACGAGAAUACGAUGUUAUCGGAACCAGUCAUUCCUCCACUGGAUGGGUUCCCAAAUGUACGGGAGUUCGAUCAACUAAUGAGAAGUUAUGUCGACGACCUCUCUGUUAAGAAGCAAGACAAAGCGUUGAUUCAUGCUAAAAGGGCGAGAAACAUAAGGACAGUCUUAUUAGACCCAAAAGAUACGACUGUAGAAUCUGCCCAGUUUCGGUAUGAAUUUGUCCUGUCCUUUGCCUGCGGCUGAAAGCAUCCCUACUACUUCAAGCCUUUCAUCAAGGCAAUGAUUAUAUUAGCAUCAGCUAAAUGGAAAGCAUCAGAUUUUGGGUCAAAAAGAUGUUCAAACUUCAAGUAGUUGGCACAGGGACUUCAGAUGUCUGUAUCCCCUCCUGACCAAGUCGAAUAACUUCAUUGCUGAUGCCCAUAUGCCUUUCAAGUGCAUGCAAAUGAUCUGUCAUGAAGGAAAGCCCGUGGCUAUUCGAGAGAAACUUUUCAAGAUUCUUACCAGGGCACAUCAACAGUGCCAACACGGUGGUAGAGAUAAGACAUCUGCUCAAGUGCGGCAGAUCUAUUCAUGGUACGUCUGUUUGUUUUCCAAACGAUAGGCCUGCACCUUCCACACCUAUCUUUUUGAGAGUACCCCAAGUCAUCAAUUGGCCAAUGAAAACUGACUGGAAGCAUAUGUUGACCAUCGUAAAAGGGUACCUAAAGAACUAAUCUCGCGAUUUGUCAAAAUUUGUCCGACUUGUCAAGUUCGCCGGGGGGGUUCGCG